GCCUUUGCUGCUCCCAGCUUCUUUCCACGUUCUUCUGCCCUUUUCUUUCCGACUUUUCGUCUAUUUCUCCCACUUCUCCAAGAUGACAGGGCAGUCGGAUGCAUACCGGAGUCAGCUGUGUGCAGGUGUAAACUGUGAACCGAAGAGAAAGAGAGAGGGACAGACGCCAGCAAGGGUAGCUGACCAGCUUCCCUGGGUAACAUUGAUAAUGCAAGAUUGCUUUGCCUGAAGAUGGAAACACUUGAAUCUGAAUUAACCUGCCCAAUUUGUCUGGAGUUAUUUGAAGACCCUCUGCUUUUGCCGUGUGCCCAUAGUUUGUGUUUCAACUGCGCCCAUCGAAUCCUCGUCUCUCACUGCACCUCCAACGAGACGAUCAAAUCAAUUGCUGCCUUCCAGUGUCCAACUUGCCGGUAUGUUAUAUCUCUGAACCACCGUGGCUUGGAGGGGUUGAAGAGGAAUAUAACUCUGCAGAACAUUAUUGAUCGCUUUCAGAAAGCUUCACUGAGUGGACCCAAUUCCCCCAGUGAAUGCCGCCGUGAACGACCCUACAAGGAUCCCGUCACCAUGUCCUCAGAGAGGGUCCAGUGCCAGUUCUGUGAGCAAGAGCCACCACGGGAUGCAGUCAAGACCUGCGUGACCUGCGAGGUCUCCUACUGUGACCGGUGCCUUAGGGCCACCCAUCCUAACAAAAAACCAUUUACUGGCCACCGGCUGAUUGAGCCAACCCCGGACUCCCACCUGCGUGGCCUAAUGUGUCUGGAGCACGAAGAUGAAAAGGUGAAUAUGUACUGUGUCACGGAUGAUCAGCUGAUCUGUGCCUUAUGCAAACUUGUAGGACGUCACCGGGAGCAUCAGGUUUCCUCACUGAGUGAUAGAUAUGACAAGCUUAAGCAAGCAUUGGAGGCUAACCUUACGAACCUUGUGAAGAGGAAUACUGAGCUGGAGUCACAGAUGGGCAGACUCAUUCAGAUCUGCCAACAAGUGGAGGUAAACACUGCAAUACAAGAGAACAAACUGAAAGAGGAAUGCGAUGAGCUGAUGGACAUUAUCAGACAAAGGAAGCAGAUUAUUGCUGUGAAAAUAAAAGAAGGAAAGGUAAGCUUUUUUCUGUUGAGGAAACUAGCACAGCAAUAGCAAACUGUCCGGCAGUGCUUGGAGAGCGUCAGGGUCUCUCAUCAGUCAAGCGGAACAAGCCUGAAGGAAAAUGAUCAUGCACGCUUCUUACAAACAGCAAAAAAUGUAACAGAAAGGGUUGCUAUGGCAACAGCAUCGUCUCAAGUCUUAAUCCCAGAUAUCAAUUUGAAUGAAGCCUUUGAAAAUUUUACUCUGGAUUUUACAAGAGAAAAAAAGUUACUAGAAAGUCUUGACUAUCUUACAGGUAACAUUCCCCCAAACCCUCCAAGCAUUCGAGAAGAACUUUGCACAGCAUCGCAUGACACCAUUACUGUCCAUUGGACUUCUGAAGAUGAAUUCAGCAUCGUCUCCUAUGAGCUGCAGUAUACGAUCUUCACAGGACAAGCAAACUUUAUCAGUUUGUACAAUUCUGUUGAUAGUUGGAUGAUCGUUCCCAACAUCAAACAGAACCAUUACACAGUGCAUGGACUGCAGACUGGAACCAGGUAUAUCUUUGUUGUGAAGGCAAUCAACCAGGCUGGCAGUCGUAUCAGUGAACCUGCGAGACUGAAAACCAAUAGUCAGCCUUUCAAAUUGGACCCCAAAACUGCUCACAAGAAAUUGAAACUGUCCAAUGAUGGCCUCGCUAUGGAACGGGAUGAAAAUUCCAUGAAGAAGAGUCACACCCCUGAACGUUUUAGCAGCCAGGGCAGCUAUGGUGCAAUGGGAAAUGUGUUUAUCGACAGUGGUUGCCAUUACUGGGAGGUUCUACUCGGAGGAUGCACAUGGUAUUCUAUUGGCAUUUCAUAUAAAUCAGCCCCGAAAAAUGAAUGGAAUGGAAAGAAUUCUUCAUCGUGGGUGUUCUCCCGAUGCAAUAACAACUUUGCUGUCAGACACAGUGGCAAAGAGAUGUCAGUGGAUGCCAGCCAUCAGCUGCGGAGACUUGGUGUCCUACUUGACUACGAUGGUAACACGCUAUCGUUCUAUGAUGCCAUGAACACACAUCACCUGCACACGUUCGACAUCUCUUUUGUUCUGCCUGUAUGCCCCACAUUUACAAUCUGGAACAAAUCAAUAAUGAUCCUGACAGGGCUUCCUGUCCCAGACCCAUUGGACUGCUUAGAACAGCAGCAGGAGUGCAUUUGCAGACCACAGGAAUCUCCAUAUAUGUCAGGGAUAAAAGCCACUCAGUAAAAGGCCAGACUGAAGUAGGGUCCCCAUCCAUCCAUGAUUCCUCAGUCCUCCAACAUAAAAAAAUGUAGCUAUUCCAGACAGGGCUGGACUAUGCAUUGUGCCCUCUCAUGAUAGCACAGAAGCCGCCUUACACAAAGUGACUACUAUUGUAUUGAAUUUAUAAAUUAUUUAUGUUGAAUAUGUUUGCAGAUUAUCAUUGGAGAGAUAUUGUAUUCCAAAUGCACUUUCAAGACAUGCUUUAAAAAUUAUGAAAAGCUGUUUUUAAGUCAAAGAUGGAAGAUAUAUUAAGUAGUUCUGAAGAUGUGGUUUCCUCAGUUUCUAGACAUUCUUGCAUUGUACAUUAGAUCCAUCUGGCUUCCAGAGGCUGGCACAAAUUGUUGUUCUUGUUUGCUGAGAGAAUCAUCUGCACCAUUGAAUGAAGCUUCUGGCUGAGAAAAAGGAGAAGGAUGCCAUCCUUCAUGUGUCACUCAGCAGUGGAUCUAUUGCCGUGAAGGGAUAAUCAGGAGCCGCUGCAAGAUGACAGAUAAAGUUUCCAGGAGGCAUUUUCAGAGGGUGCCUAGGAGCAGAACCUAUUCUCAUCAAGUCAUCUUGAUGUACUUCAUAAAUUCAUUAUCUUAUCGUCUUUGUAUUGUUUGUGAUUGAAGAGAAGCAAUUCAAGGAAUUGUACAGGAACCACACUGAUGCUAUGGAAUUUUAACUGUGUAUGUAUAAAUGUUAUAAAUAUUUAAAGAAAAACUGGCUG